CACAAAAGCUCUUCAAGUCAGCUCUGGCCACGGCAGAGCUUCCCCGUGCGUCGAGAGUGACGCACGUGCAAAGGGCUCGCGGCCGGCCGUUACGGAAAAAGUUCGAUUACGUGUAGUGACUGUGACGUAUACAUCUUUACAAUAACUAGCAUCUCAACUAAAACCUUCUUAUAACUUUCUUGCAUAAAAAGUUUUAAAGCAAUAUUUCGUAUUUCAAAAAUGUCGCGGCAUUAUCUGUUGGCGGUUUGCGCGGUAAUUUUGACAAGUCGCUGUGGCGCCAACUACUGCCGGGACGUCAACCUCUGCUGUCCGGGGCGUGACAGCUCUUGUGUUGUUCAGAAAACUCAUCAAAAUGCAAUAAUAGAAGACCUCACAGAUAAACCAUGUUAUUGUGAUCACGCUUGUAUGAAACUGGGAGAUUGCUGUCCUGAUUUCCGAGAAACUUGUGGAGUAUUGGACUGCGUAGUCUCAAGCUGGGGUGACUGGUCAGAAUGUGACACAGCCUGCGGCUCUGGAAGUAUGGUGAGGAGUAGAACAGUCUUACAAGCGGCUGCGCACGGUGGUCGACACUGUCCAUCGCUGGUCCAACGGAGAGCUUGCCAGGCCCAUCAUGGAUGUACUGAGGAUAGCGAUGUACCUUUGAGAGAGGAAUCAGCCAUGAUUCUACCGGGUGUGCUGUCUAUGAGUCGUCACUCCAAUGACACGGUGGACAUCAGAAAGAACCUUCGAUUAAGAAACCCUGAUGAUCCUGAAUCCAAUUCACAUAGAGAGUACUGCGUUCAGUUCGAAGUGUUGAAAGUUUCAAAAGCGUGUCACACCGACUCCGACUACAAAGCUUUACGAGAAGGUAACACUAUAUGUGUGAUGUGUGAAGCCGCAGCACUCAAACGCGAUCUUAAAUGGCGCUGCAGUGGUCAUGGUGUGUCCGGCCACUCUACCAGAUUUUAUGCCUUAGUUGCCCCACAUUGUCAUGGCAAGUGGAUCCGUGGGAAGGACAAUCUUGACAAACGUAGCGACUGUUGUACAAAACCUGACUUUAUUUUUGUAUAAAUGCCUCUGUAUUUGACAAAUUCAUCAUUUAGUGAAGUGUCAUUCAGAAAUAUUGUUUGAAAUUUGAUUGUCUUAAAAUAUGGUUCACGUUUGCUUCGAUCUAUAUUAAUUUGCUGUUAACCAACAAUUAAACCCUUCCUUGUUUUGUUAAGAUAAUUGUAUUAAAUUUUUAAUUACAAACCUGUAUAAAAUUUAUAUUCAAGCGAAAAUGUUAGGUUUGAGCUUUAAUUAUUUCGUUUACAUUGCGUCAAUAUUACUGUAGGUGAAUCAUAAAAUAUGACCAAAAUAUGUAAAAACGAAGUUGUAUUAAGUAAAUGUUGAUAACGUAUAUAUAUGUAUACAUUCAAACACCAUAAUUAUUUAAGUAAGUAAUAAAAACCACGCAGUUUAGGAAAAACAUGUCAUUUAAAAUUUAAAAAAAAAAGACUCCAAGACAAGGCCACAGGUCUGUUAACAAUUGAAACAAUGAAUGAAAUCAAAAUAUUACAACUUAUACACAUCAUAUAGCUAUCCAAUUUUCGUCAAUAUCACUCCAUUAAAAAAAUAAAGUGUCUUAAAUGGUACGUAUUUGUAAUUAUUAUUACAAAAGGAUAUAGAUAAAAGGAGGUUGAAUUUCGGAAAUUUGUCAAUAAAAACAUUCGAUUUGAUUUCGAUAAAUUAACGAAGAAAUUAAUAGAGCUUCAGAAUAAAAUUUACUUAUAUAUUUCCUAAUAAUUAUAAGUUUACGACAUCAAAUAAAUAUUAAAUGGAUAAUGAGACAGUUAUUUGCUCAUUGCUUAUGUCAUAAAACAAGAGAAAACAUCUAAUCUAAGCAUAAAAAAUUACCGAAAUUGUGGAUCUGUUCGACUCACCAAACCGAACUUUGUUUUGAAGGCUGUAUUCCAUAGAAAAUUAAUACUAUGAAUAAUUUGCUGCCGGCGAUGCUUCAUAUAGUCAUAGUGUGGUUUCAAUGGUCAUUAGUAAUCCUAUACAUGACCACAAUAUUCUCCAGUCUAACUUCAUUGUACAUGCAAAUUGUCUAUUAAUGUAGUAUGUUGGUUUCGCAAAUUCAUCUUAAUAAAUUAGUUAUAUCCUCUUGAGCUGUAUGAUUAUUAUUAAGCCGCUUUUCUAUUAUCUAUUUAAACUUCACUUUCAUUUAUGAUCCUACAACGUCAAUAUCGUUUCAAUAGUUUUGAAAAUAAUUAUCAUAGGAUUUUAUAUUCAUAAAGAUUAUUUAGAAUAAGUGUAUUGUUUUUUUAUUGGUGACUAAUAAUAAGACAGUAGAUUCAAAUUCAUUUAAUGCAUCUCAGCUGAAAUUAGGCGACUCCCAAAAGUGCUUUAACAAGAACUUUCAGCUUUCAUUACGUAUGCUAUACGUACUUAGCAACUUUUUCGUACUCCUUACUUGUAAUUCAGAUAAUAAAAUAAUAUUUUGAGAGUAGUAUCACAGUUUAUGUAUGUACUCGUAUAUCAGACGAGAGCACUUCUCGGCUGCGUUUCAGCGUUUAACCUCAAACCUAAAUAUUAUAUAAUCAUUCGGUACUCAUUCUUGGCGCCAAAACCGUAAUUUUUCAGCGCUUGUAACAUAUUGUAUAUCACCGUGUAAUGGAGUCCUUGUACUCGACAGUAUCAUAAAAUUAUUUUAUUGUAAGGGACUUCGGCUAUAAAGUGUUGUACCAGAUUGUAAGGUUAUUAGUGUCGUUGCAAAACAAAGACAUAUAUUUUUCAUUUAAGGGGUUAUUUUGUGCAUGAAACACUUUUAUAUUUUAAAUUAAAUGCUGAGAAGUAAUGGCUUAAUCGAAAACAAAAUAUGUAUCACAUUAAACCUUCAAAUGACAAUUACUACAAUUCGUAUAGUCAAAGAUUUGUACAACUCGUUUUAUCUAAAAGGGACUGAAAUUUCCAAUGCUACAAACGAAAACUACACACGUUACAACAAACAAAUACAAACGUUUAUAUUGCUGCAAUAGGUACUUUUUAUGUCAACUACUUUUCGAUAUUAUUAAAAUUGUCGAAUUUUGUUAUGCAUGCUCUAGAUUUAAUGAUAGGAACAUAUCUCAAAUAUUGUACUGUAAAUAUGUAGCAUGUUAAUAGAUACUUAAUAAACAAAAUACGAAAUUA